AAAAAAAAGUGUUUUCUUCAAAACAUAGAAACAAAACUGUUUCGUAGUUUUUGGUUGUGCAAUAUUUGCGCAGAUAUUCCCGGCGGCCGUAAGCGGCGGUGCAUGGUGAAAAGUGAAACGCGCCACGGUGGUGAUCAUGGAGGGUUGAAGAGUGUAUACGAAGUUUGUAUGGGUCCGGGAGGGCCAACUCACAUCCCCACUUUAGAAAUCUUCUUCCUUACCUUUCGUUCUUUAAUUCCCUUCCCCUUUUUCCCUUUCUGCAUCACAUUUUUCUUUUAGGGUUUUCUCCGAAUUCCACUCAAUCUUCUUCCAAUCGAAUAUAUUCUUCUUUUCCUCAAUCAUCUGCCACCAUUCUUUUCCAAUUCAUCAAGUGACAAAACACAAAAUGAAAUAUAAAUCAACAGUUGACGUUCCAUUUCGCUUCGUUUUCAAACUCUCUUUCUCUCCCAUUCCCAAUUCUUCUUCUCCGCUUUUUCUUUCUGCAAGUCAUGCUAGUUUUUCAAAUCAACAGGGCGCUGAAGAUCGGACAGGAACUCUAAGAUGGAAUCUGCUACCCUUAAUAGAAUAAUUAAGAGGUUGCUUGAAAUCGGGAGCAGAUCGGGGAAGCAGGUGCUGCUUUCUGAGGCUGAAAUUACCCAGCUAUGCAUGGCUUCCAGAGAAAUUUUCUUAAGCCAACCAAAUCUUUUGGAAAUUGAUGCACCAAUCUAUAUAUGCGGGGAUAUCCAUGGUCAGUAUUCUGAUCUUCUUAGGCUUCUCGAUUUUGGCGGAUUUCCUCCUCAUUCGAACUACUUGUUCUUGGGGGACUACGUAGAUCGAGGAAAGCAGAGCGUAGAAACAAUCUGCCUUCUCCUUGCAUAUAAAAUAAAAUAUCCUGAAAACUUCUUCCUUUUGAGGGGCAACCAUGAAUGUGCGUCUGUAAACCGUAUCUAUGGUUUUUAUGACGAAUGUAAACGUAGGUUCAACGUCAAACUGUGGAAAAUAUUCACGGACUGUUUCAACUGCUUACCUGUGGCUGCUCUAAUUGAUGAAAAGAUACUGUGUAUGCAUGGUGGGCUAUCUCCUCACCUUGACAGGUUAGAUCAGAUUAGGAAUUUAAAGCGCCCUGCUGAUGUUCCAGAGUCCGGUUUACUCUGUGAUCUUCUUUGGUCCGAUCCAAGUGUAAAUACACGCGGCUGGGGACCAAACGAACGGGGGGUUUCAUACACUUUUGGUGCGGAUCGAGUAAUGGAAUUUCUUCGAAAACAUGACCUUGAUUUGAUUUGUAGAGCUCACCAGGUCGUGGAGGACGGGUACGAGUUUUUCGCAAAUAGACAGCUUGUAACUUUAUUUUCUGCUCCAAACUACUGUGGAGAGUUUGACAAUGCUGCUGCAAUGAUGCAUGUGGAUUCAAAUUUAAUGUGCUCUUUCCAAAUACUAAAACCACCUGAAAAAAAGUCAAAAUUUGGGUUUGGCAGCGGACGAUAUGGCGGUCCGAAAAAAGUAAAGUCGUUUCUCGGUGCAAUCUGAUGAAACUUUUUGGCAUGUUCAAGUUUGUUUGGUUGGUUCAGAGGCUACCUCGGAUGAGUUUUGAUCUCCCGUGGCUUCUUAAUGAAAUGUGACAUCUGAUACAGGCUUUCUCCUUAGUGUAACAGUCGCUAUGUGGUUAGGAGUUUGAAAUGAUCUCAUGCUUUUUGCCAUUUUCUUGCUUAUGGGUUCACUUAAGCAUCUGUGGAGAACAAAAUAAUUGGAAAAAGACAUGAUAUUGUUGUCUUUUCAUGUUUAUGAUUUUUGAAGGCAAGUAUUGGAAGUGGGCAUUAAUGGGUCUAAUUGCCGAUCUUACGACAGUUCUUGGGUCGGCUUGGCCCAACAUGUUUAGCCCGAUGAUAUAAAACAUGACGGGAAUUGUGAAGCUUUGAUAAAAA